AUGGCGGUUUUUCAGGUGGGGGAUGGGAAAGAUACCGAUUUUUGGAGGGAAAAUUGGUUGCCGAGGGGCUGCAUCUCAGUUUCCUCGCCCACGCUCUUCACUUACCUGGGCAGAUCGAAGCUGACUGUGGUGGAGGCGCUCAGACAGCAUCGCUGGGUGCGCGACAUCCGUGGGUCACUCUCCGCGGCGGCGCUAUCAGAGUAUCUGAACCUGUGGGAUGAAAUUCAGGAGGUGCAGCUACAGGAUGAUGUCGACGAUUCCAUCAGAUGGAGACUAACUUCCAAUGGGACUUUCUGCACGGCAUCUGUGUAUGAGCUCUUCUUUGCCGCGCAGGGUCUGGGGUUUAGUGAGAACAUGGAUUGGAACAUCCUUUCCCCUACCUGGGGAAGACAACUGGGAGUUCGCAGAUUGGUGGAUGAAGGCCAGAAGCUGUUUUCAGACGAGAUCCAGGGGUGCUUUUGA